AUGGAAGACGGUGAAAAUAAAGCGGACGUUGGGCUGGAUAAAGAGAAAAAGUCGUACGCCGGAAUACCGGAGGCCGAAUUUGUUGUAAGUAUAUCAUUCUAACAAAAGAUUUACAUAAUGUGGUAUUAUAAAAUUGGUACUAACAUAAAUUUUAUAUAUUUGCAUUGUACUGUAUUACGAAGAAUAUUUUUACAAAGAAGUAAUUCUUAUGACUAUCACUAAUUUUUGUGAAAUUCUGUGAAAGAGUAAAUUCCAUGAAAAGAGAACAAGAAACAUUUUUUUCUUUAUUUUUAUAUUAUAUUUAUAUAUUAUUAGGAUAAUCCAUGGAAUAUACUUUCUCGAAACAAUACCCUUAUAUGGUCACAAAAGAAACAUGAUAUUUGGACUUAUCAGAAAAUAUAUAUAAGUAUUAUCUUACCUAAAAUAUUUUAAAUCUAGGAUGAUGUCGAUGCUUUCAUGUCAAGACCUGAAAAUGAAUCAGCAGAUAAAGUACUCCAAAUGUUGGACGAGAACCAUGGGAAGUAUAAAUUUAUGGAAUAUAAUUUAUUCAAUAAGAGAAAACGUUUGAAAGCUCAAAUUCCAGAUCUAGAGAGAUCAUUAGAUAUGAUUAAAAAAUUACAGCAAGAGAAAAAUGAAAGCAAAGAAUUAGAGACGCAAUUUCUUUUAUCGGAACAAGUUUAUGCAAAGGCUGUUAUUCCUCCUACUGAUAAAGUGUGCUUGUGGUUAGGAGCUAAUGUUAUGUUAGAAUAUACUUUGGACGAUGCACAAGAAAUGUUAACAAAGAAUAUUGAAGCAGCAAAGAGAAAUUUAGGUUAUGUUGAACAUGACUUAGAUUUUGUGAGAGAUCAGUUUACUACAACAGAAGUUAAUAUGGCACGUUACUCACAUUAUCAAAUGGAAAGAGUCUGUGAAUUAAAAGUACUGUUGGAAACUGUCAAUGGAAUAAAGGACUCGAAUACCACAUAUUUAGGUUAUAAGCUAGAUACACCAAUAUUUAUGUAUGUUGCCUCAAAUACAUCUGGAUUCUAACUUAAUAUGUUGUUUUGUGUACUUACAGAAAGGUCUAUUACCAUAUUUAUUAUAUUAAACUUAACUUAUAUUUUGAUAUUUUUGCAAAAAAAUAUACAACUUUUAUAAAAACCAAAGCAAUACAUUAUGCUUGUUAAUAUCUGAAAUAUCACAUAAACCAACAUUUGAUUUGAGCGUAAUUUUUUAAUUUAUCAUCCUGCUCGUUUGAUUAUAAACUACACUCUACAUUUAUGUACCACGUUUAAUUUAGUUGAACAAAUAUAAAAAGUAUUAUAUGAGCAUGAUUAAGAAAUAUGCUUAUAACUAAUGGAAUUUGCACGAAUGAAACUUAAUUUAUCUAAUGUUUUAAAUUGUCUUGGACAAUGAUUUGCUAUAUCUAUUUUAAGGCACAUAGUCAGUCCGACUUUCUGUGAAAGUCAAUGUCCAACAGGGACUAGUAUUUUGUUGUCUAAAACUUCGAAAUUAAAUUAUUCUAUUCCUUCGUCUGCUUCAUAUUUCACCAACUUUGCCUUUAACUCUGUGAUCUUAGCUUUAGCUUCUUCCAAUUCUUCCUUUAAUAGUUUCACUUCCACAUCAACUUCCGUAAUACCUCCUAAAUGUAGACGAAUAUAUCUAUGAUACAAUUUAGGAAAUAUACACUUUCCAUUAAAAAUACAUGUACCGAUAUUUUUCGUAUCAUAAACUUAUUGAACACAUGUUUUAAAGGAUACUCUAAAGCAUCAUCUGGUUUUUCUGGUUCUUCAUAUAAAGACACAAGCACUUUUGUAAGAGCAUCCAUAACGCCUGCUCUUUCCAAAUAUUUUCUGAAUUCUUCCUUUUUAGAAUCAGGUGGCUAACAUUUCAAAAAUUAGAAAUAAUUAA